UAUACAUAAAGUGAGUGAUUUUAAAAAGUGUCUUUAAUAUUCAUUGAUACAUGGUGUACUUUCACUUUCUUUCAGUUUUCACCUAUUCUGACUAUUGGCUGUGCCUAAAAAUGAUGAGAAAAGAACAAGAGAGGACAUUGUAGCAGGCAGUGGACAGUGACAAACAUAGACCCACAGGACAAGAUUUGCAGAUAGCUCUCUUCCAGUGUCUUUUUUUUCAAGAGAGUGCGUAGAAGGGCUGCGGGAAAAUGACUACCUGCUGAUUCAUUCCUGCCGCCAGUGGACCACCAUUACUGCCCACAGCUUGGAGGAGGGUCACUAUGUCAUUGGGCCAAAGAUAGAGAUUCCGGUACAUUAUGCAGGGCAAUUCAAGCUGCUGGAACAAGACCGAGAUAUAAAGGAGCCAGUGCAAUAUUUCAACAGUGUGGAGGAGGUGGCUAAGGCAUUUCCUGAACGCGUGUACGUCAUGGAGGAUAUCACAUUCAACGUGAAGGUUGCUUCAGGUGAAUGCAAUGAAGACACUGAAGUUUACAACAUCACCCUGUGUACUGGGGAUGAACUCACUCUAAUGGGGCAAGCAGAAAUCCUUUAUGCAAAGACAUUCAAGGAAAAGUCACGACUCAACACAAUCUUCAAAAAGAUUGGGAAGCUCAAUUCCAUCAGCAAGCUGGGAAAAGGCAAAAUGCCAUGCCUCAUUUGCAUGAAUCACCGGACCAACGAAAGCAUUAGCCUUCCAUUCCAGUGCAAGGGCAGGUUUAGCACCCGAAGUCCCCUGGAACUUCAGAUGCAAGAGGGCGAACACACCAUCCGCAACAUUGUGGAGAAGACCAGGCUUCCUGUGAAUGUGACUGUGCCAAGCCCUCCACCGAGAAACCCAUACGACCUCCACUUCAUCCGUGAGGGGCACCGCUAUAAGUUUGUGAACAUCCAGACCAAGACGGUGGUGGUUUGCUGUGUGCUGCGGAACAACAAGAUCCUCCCCAUGCACUUUCCUUUGCACUUGACUGUCCCCAAGUUCAGCCUCCCAGAACACCUGGUGAAGGGAGAGGGAUGGCCCGAAACCCUGGUCCAUCACUGGCUAGGUAUCUGCCAAGAACAGUUCGACAUCGAUGAGUAUUCACGGGCUGUCCGUGAUGUGAAAACCGACUGGAAUGAGGACUGCAAGAGCCCCAAGAAGGGCCGGUGCUCUGGCCACAACCACGUGCCCAACUCCCUCAGCUACGCCCGCGAUGAGCUCACUCAGUCCUUCCACCGACUCUCGGUCUGUGUGUAUGGCAACAAUCUCCAUGGCAACAGCGAGGUGAACCUUCAUGGUUGCAGGGACCUGGGGGGAGACUGGGCCCCCUUUCCUCAUGACAUCCUGCCCUACCAGGACUCUGGAGAUAGUGGGAGUGACUACCUUUUCCCAGAAGCUAGUGAAGAAUCAACAGGCCUCCCGGGAAAGUCAGAACUUCCCUAUGAAGAGCUGUGGCUGGAGGAAGGCAAGCCCAGCCAUCAGCCUCUCACUCGCUCCCUAAGCGAGAAGAGCAGAUGUGAUCAGUUUAGAGGUUCUGUCCGAUCUAAAUGUGCAACUUCUCCUCUUCCCAUCCCUGGGACUCUGGGAGCAGCAAUGAAAUCUUCAGAUACUUCCCUACCUCCACCUCCAGUGCCUCCCAAAUCUGAAGCCGUCAGAGAAGAAUGCCGGCUCCUGAACGCCCCACCUGUUCCACCCCGAAGCGCAAAGCCUUUGUCCACCAGUCCCUCCAUCCCUCCUCGCACAGUCAAGCCAGCGCGGCAACAGACUCGCUCUCCCAGCCCCACCUUGUCCUACUAUUCUUCAGGGCUACACAACAUCAGCGUCACUAAAACUGACACAAGUCCUUCUGAAAGCACUCCUGUUUCCUGCUAUCCAUGUAACCGAGUGAAAACUGAUUCUGUGGACCUGAAAUCCCCAUUUGGAAGUCCUUCUGCUGAAGCUGUGUCCUCUCGGCUCUCGUGGCCUAAUCAUUAUUUGGGAGCAUCAGAGAGCCAGACCAGGAGUGACUUCCUUCUGGAUCCAAGCAGGAGUUACAGUUACCCUAGACAAAAGACGCCAGGCACACCAAAGAGAAACUGCCCAGCACCUUUUGAUUUUGAUGGCUGUGAGCUCUUGUCCAGCCCCCCUAGCUCAGUCACUGCAGAAUUCAGUAGCAGCGUCUCUGGUUGUCCCAAGUCAGCCAGCUACUCUCUGGAGAGUACAGAUGUGAAAACUCUUGCAGCUGGCGUGACAAAGCAGAGUACUUCAUGCCCUGCCUUACCCCCCAGGGCUCCAAAACUAGUAGAAGAGAAGGUCGCCUCCGAAACAUCUCCUUUGCCUCUGAAAAUUGAUGGUGCUGAGGAAGACCCCAAGUCUGGGUCACCAGAUCUCUCUGAGGACCAGUAUUUUGUUAAAAAGGGCAUGCAGGACAUCUUCUCUGCCUCCUACCCUUUCUCAUCCCCACUCCACCUCCAGCUGGCCCCCAGAUCCUGUGGCGACGGUUCCCCGUGGCAGCCACCGGCUGACCUAUCAGGACUCUCUAUAGAGGAAGUGGCCAAGUCACUACGGUUCAUUGGUUUAUCCGAAGAUGUCAUAUCCUUCUUUGUUACUGAAAAGAUUGAUGGGAACCUGCUUGUUCAGCUAACGGAAGAAAUCCUCUCAGAGGAUUUCAAAUUGAGCAAACUGCAGGUGAAGAAGAUAAUGCAGUUCAUUAAUGGCUGGAGGCCCAAAAUAUAGCCAAAUAACCCUCAGCCAGCAUGGAACAAAACUGAUCAAUGCGUGUGCUAGAAGGGGUGGGCUGGGACACAAUUUCAUGUUUUUGCACUAAAAACCUUCUCUGUAAAUAGGGAUAAGAGAAACUCUUACUAUGCAGAUUACGUUUUUGAAUGGUGAACAGGCUAUUUUGUACAUCAAUAAAAAUGCUGUACAGAACACUUGGAGGUGUGCCUUGUACGUCACUCAACAAACACUCAGCAGCUGCUAACAGGAAAAAAGGCAUGUGCAGAGAAGUCAUUCUUACCCAAGUAGGUUUAUGCGAGAAGGUAUGAUAUUUAUUACAAAACAGCCAAAGCUGAAAGACAUAAAAAUCUUUAAAAAAAAAAAAAAAAACAAAACAAAAAAAAAAAAACACUUUGAACAACAAUUCCCUUCUUUUAGGAGGGUUGACUUUAGACAAUUAACUAUGUUCUGUGCUCCGUCAUUCAGAUUGCUUCAUGCUAAUUGUUUUACUCUUGUGCCUGAAAAUGUUAGUGAUAUGAAUUGACACUUUAAUGUUAUAUGCUUGGUGGGGAUCUUUUUAUGAGAAGGCAUUUUCCAAAAGUCAUGUGUUGAUAAAGGGAUAUAUGUUGUCCUUAGAAAUCACACAAAUCAUGACCACAAUAAUUUAUCUGUAACUGCUGCUAAUUUUAUUGAGCAGAGAAAAAAUAAUAUACAUAUAUAAACAUGUCUAGAUGCAUACACAAUACACCCGGAUAUGUUUUACACAUAAUUUUGAUUCUGAUAUUUUAGGUAACAUCUGUUCACUUUUAAAUAAUCCAUUGAGGUUUGGGGACUGUUAUCUACAUUGAUUCUAUUAGGAUUAGUGGACAGAAUGACUCCAAAGAUUCUCAGAACCCUGUCACUUGAAGCUCAGUCUUAUUUGGGUUCAUCACUGAAAACUUAGAACAAGUCAGUAAAGAGUCCUGUAUUGAAGAAUUAAGUUUGAGUUUAAGCCCACUCACUGCAGGGCUGGUUUUUGCAUGUAAUACUCCCAUGACAUCUGGGGAAAUGACAGUUUCUGUUGAAUUAUAAUUCUCCGGUUUGAGGGUCUCCUUCCCCUGGUGUCUGAUGACGAGAGGUCUGAAGAGCAUUUGUCAGCAUGCAUUACCCUUUCUCAACCUGCUUCGUGCUUUACGAGAGCUCAGAAAUCAGAUGCACCAGCCUUUCUUAUUAUAUAUGCCACAUCUGUUGAGUAUUUUUAAAAUACCUAGAAGAGGACUUGUUUAUUUCAUAAACCACUUCUUCCCUCUCUUUCAAAGAAAAUACAUUAUUACCAUACUUUUACAUUAGUCUCAGAAUUUUUGCUAAAUAUGAUUAAGUAUUCCAAAAUAUAAUGGCAUCGUCAUUAUUCUUUUUUAGAGAAUAUACAUCUGAGGAUUGUGUUAGUUCUCAGAGCAAGGCAUCAUCUACCCCCCUGCACCCCAGAGUCUGGCCCCAGAUUCCAGACGUGCGGACAGCCCAUGACCGAGGUGCACACUGUGCCCUCUUGAAUAGCAAGGUCAGCCAGCGAGGCGGCAGCAAAACUUGCAGGAUGGACUUACAUCUUAUCUCUUCCUGCUACCAAAACAAAAAAAAAUAAAUUGAAAGACAAGACCCACCAGUCUAGUUUUAUAGACCUGUGAAACGUGUCUCUGUUUCUUGGCAUUAGAAGAAAGAUACUUUUAAUCCAUAUCAUGGUUUAGAGUUGAGGUGAAUUGAUACCUAAUUUUCCAUGUUAGAUCUCAUUUUCCAUCUUAGAUCUCCUUUAUCAAAAAAAGUAUUUUUUUCUCCUAACAUGUCUCCCAAAAUGUAAAUACUAUAGGCAAAAAGAAUACUCUGUAAAAUUUUCACGCUGGAGCACCUCUUCAAAAGUCACUGACAAGUCAAUGAGGAAGUGUCUGGUACUGCACUCACAGGACUUGAGACCCAUGAGGCUUUCGUGUUCUGAAAGCAUCCUUCUGUGUGAGGGGGACUGCCUCCCUUAGGAAAGUAAAUCUCUCAGAACUUCUUUCUAAAAUAAAAACAGGCAAGAUGCAGUUACUAAGCGGCAAAUUUUCAUUGGCAAACCUAGCUGAAUCCGUUUUAAAAUACUUGACACUCAGACACGAUUCUCAAAUUCAGGAAGAAGGAACAGGGUUGGUUUGGGUUUACUAUGAAGGUUGCCUCACAAAAACAACUGACUCCUUUUAGCGUUUUUUUGUUUUUAUUUUUCUUUUUGUAAAAACUUUACACAAAAUAGGGUUUUAAAUUCUUUUUGCUUGUUUGGGACUUGGCGUAUUUUUGUCAAGUUUAUAUUGAUUGGCAAUGCGGAGACUUCUUGAGGGCAGGGACUGUGGCCUUUGGUUCACUUAUGCAUGAAACAGUCUAGUAUCACUCUACAGUGCUGAGUAAAAGACACAGCCCCUGCCCUCUUUGAGAUGAUAUUGUUUAUAUUUGAAAUCUCAGUUGCUAAGAGUACGUAUGUGUGGGUAAGAAAGAUGUGAAGUCCUCUGGGCAGCUGGGUAUAUGGAGAAUUACAUGUGUCCUGUCUUUAAAAUGUCAGCCUCUAUUAAGGGGUACAGAACACCCCAAGAUCACUAAGAUCUCUCUCACUGCCUAGUGUGUUGUUUCUUUGUUUUGUUUUGUUUUUUUACUGACCUGCAAUUCUUUUAAUUGUAAUAAAUAUCUUCUGUCAUCUCUAAAAGCCACAAAUAUAUGAAAUUGCCAUUCCUAAGCCGAGCACCUGUCUAUGAAGGACCUUGGCGCCCUGACUAGACAAAGCAUUCAUAGCUCCAAGAGAAUCCUGACAAGAUAUGCAAAGCAGUGAUAAUAAGGAGACAGCAGAAAAGUGAUGCCCAGAGAUCCACACACAGAACCUUUCUAACCAACCAGGUCAAGGCUUAUCAUCUUAUGUCCUCUGGCAGGUCCCCUAUAAUCAAAAGAGAGGAAGUGUCUGUCUAAACAAGACCCUUUUGGGUCCUUAGAUUCAUGGCAAAAAUCAUCAUGGCCCCCAUCAGAAAAGAAAAUCAGCAAUAAACCAAGCCAAGCAGCUAAAAUGUAUAAUGUGGGCCUGACUCAUGUUGGGAGGCAGAAUUCAAACACUCACAGAUCAAUCUUGCAAGUUUUCUCUUCUUUAAGUUGAGCUGCUCAACUUUAUGAACUGUGAAAUUUACUUACAUUCUUUCAACCCACAUAUAUCAUUGCAGUUUAUGAAGUUGCAGCGGACUGCCCAUUCAUCUAAAUUGCAGUGUUUAUUCUUGUCUCAUGUCGAAAUACAACAGUCUUACAGGAAAUAUUAUGACAGUCCAUUCCAACUGUUUUCAGACACAUGCAUAAACAGUCUCUGCUCACAUUCCACAGCCACCUGCAUGUUAUCCAUACAGCUCCCUGAGAAGUCCAGGGAUAGGAGGCGGGGUGUGGCAGGAUGGAGGGUCCUUCAUUUUCUAAACACUUUGUAUAAGUCACUACUCAUCGUGCCUAGCAAGUAUAAGAUUAAUAUUUUGAAUAACAAACUGGAAAACAAAUAAUCCUCUGAAGAACCUAGUGAACUGUUCAAAGGAAAUUUUGAUUUCAGUCUACCAGAAAAGUUAAAUCUGUUGUUGGACAUAGGAGGUUUUCAGAAACAUGCCUCUUUUAUCAAUUUCCACUAUCUUUCAAGUUACCUAAAGGCACCAGGCUGCUUGAGCAAGAAGAAUAAAAGGCCUAGAGUGCAAAUUAUGUGAAGUAGAGCUUUUAGAUUGUGGGAUUGUAAUAAUAUGGGAUGCUCAUGGUCGCAUCAUGUUAAAUCACACCGUUUAGUCUCCAAAACUUGGUGUUUUAAAAUGUGUCUCAUUGUGAUAGCCAGAAACAAGGAAUAAACGUGAUUUCAGUUUAAACUAUAUACAAAUAUCUUCUGUAAUUUUGCUGCUCUAAUUUUUAGGCUAUAAAUUUUGUAAUAGAGCUUAUCAGAUUGCGAAUUUCCUUUGUUUACAAUCUCAUGUAGUAGGGCUCAGAUAAUUUCUUAGCUAUAGCUAUAAACCUUUUCUCCCACUCUCAUAUUAAGUUUCAUUUAAAAUAUUUAAGCUAAGCCUAAAAAUUGAAAUCAGUUAAGAAUUUGGAGAGUUUAUCUUAAAUGGAAAUGGUGUAUUCUUUUCAAAGAAUUUUGUAACCGUCUUUACAGUUUCUUUGCUUGGAAAACUUGGGUUGUUAACUAUCAGUUAACAGUUGCAUUACUUUCCAAAACAUUAUCUAAUGGGCCCAAUGUGUACCUCAAGAUAAACACAGUAUGUUAUGUCUAAAAAUUUCAUUGUCUGUUGAUUUAAAUGGUUCUGAAAUGUCUCUAAUAAAGAAAUUUUCAAAGUUG